UAUGCGAGUAGUUGGCACGCGCUGCUGCCGGCGACUGGUCGCGUUCGCGCAGUGUCGACACCUCGUUAUCUUUUGAUUUGAUAAAUGUUAUCGUUAAAAUCUGCGAUGCUACAGUAUUGCUGUGUCAGUCUUUGUCUCGAACUGCUCAGUGUAUAAGGUUUAAGAACUGUUACAAUGAAUUUCACGGAGUCCACCACCGAGUUCUUCCCGACUAUUGGGCCGGAGGACGAGAGUGGCGUGCGAGGAUGGCUCACCGCUCUUAUCAUGCAGAAAGCGGCGGUGCAGGGGAGUUUUCUUCAGGGAUUCAUCGCUUCCAUAUCAGUGGUGAUAGUAUCAGAACUCGGUGACAAGACGUUCUUCAUAGCGGCCAUCAUGGCAAUGAAGCAUCCUAGGUUCAUAGUGUUCACCGGAGCUAUAUCUGCCCUAGUGUUUAUGACGAUACUCUCGGCAGCCUUCGGUUGGGUGGCUACGGUCAUACCGAGAGUGUACACGCACUAUAUUAGCGCAGCGCUCUUCGCGAUAUUCGGUAUAAAAAUGCUAAGAGAUGGAUGGAAAAUGGACCCCAACGAGGGACAGGAGGAAUUAGAGGAGGUUCAGAGCGAACUGAAGAGGAGAGAAGAUCAGGAGGAGAAGGAGGAAACUCUGGACAUGCUAGAGCAGGGUCAAGCGGAGAACAGGCGGAGGAGACGGAAUGCGGUAAUCAAGGUGCUGCUGCAGGCCGCGUCCCUAACCUUCCUAGCGGAGUGGGGGGACAGGUCGCAGGUGGCCACGGUGGUGCUGGCGACGAGGGAGAACGCGUACGGCGUCGUGGUGGGGGGUUCCCUGGGACACGCGCUGUGCACCGGCCUCGCCGUCAUUGGCGGGCGGAUGGUGGCGCAGAAAAUAUCUGUCAGAACUGUGACAAUAAUCGGUGGUAUAGUGUUUCUGUUCUUCGCGGUGAGCGCGCUGGUCAUCGGGCCCGGCAACUAGGCUAGUUUAGAACAAUUCUGUACAUAGUUGUGUGUAAGUGACAAACUUGUGAGUUUUAUACAUUUUCCACUGGAAGUUCAUGAGACGUACUCGGUGAGACGUUGUUGAUUGAUAUUAUGUAGAAAUUUUGUAAGUGCGUGACUAGUGGAGGAUUUUUUAAAGGUGAUUGCACAUUUAUCAGCAUGCACGCGCCGAACGCGCCGCAUUUUAGAAUUCGUUGUAUGAAAAUAUGAUAUGAAACCUCACACAUUCGUCCGCACAGUACGCGCGGCCCUGUUAGGACAAAACGGUGUAACCUGUAAACACGUCAACUUGCAAAAUAUGAGUUAACUUUUAGCUCAAAGCACGUCUUAGGGGACAGCGAAAUGUAAUAUGGAAUAUUUUAGUCGAAAACUUGUCCUGAAUUUUGUGGGUCCAGUCAAUACAAAGCUGACAUCAAGUCACGGAUAUAGAUCAAGAUAGAUACCGCAUGUGUAUGUACUUCGCGUGCCAUCUC